AUGGCCACCAAGGACCAGCAACAUGGAACUUCCCCUCCCAAGAAGGAGAUUCAGAAUUCUGGAACCCUGGGAUUUGAAUGUCUGCAGUUGCUUUCCUGCAAAGUUGAAUCUCUUGAAACCAGCAUGAGAAUGCAGGAGGAAGAGAACGAAGGACCCAGGUGUCAAUCUUGUUCCAGCAGCCAAGGAGAAUGUGUUCCAGAAACUGAGAGUGAAGGGGUAUCUUCCCUUUUUCUUGAAUUGGAGCAACCUUGCCCACCGCCCCGAAAAACUUCGCGUCAGUAUCUGAAGAAGAUCAUUGCCGAAUAUGAAGCUUUGGACAUGGAAAUGCCUUGCAUCCGCAAGUUUCCUCGGCCGCCUGCUGCCCGACCCCUUUGCCUUUGCUUGGAGAAUCCGCCUGAAAAGGAGAUGAAGCACGCUGAAAUCCUAGCAGCCAUAGAAGCUGUCAUUCCCAAUGCCUUUGAAGCAGGCCUCCUACGCAGCAUCCAAUUUGAAAACAUCAAUGUAAUUUGUGGAACUGCUGGGCGGAAGAACAGGUGGCUGAUCACAGUAUCAGAUUUCCGAACUCGGAAUCAGCUCUUGGGUUCUGGAUUAACCUUGGAUGAAAACCAUUUUGUGCUGCGACGCUGGGAUAACCUGGUAAUGGAGGACUAUCGCAUGCACCUUCGAAGGUCCUUAGCCCGUCAGCGUCUGCUGGACACGCUCAGUGACUCCUGGGAGGCCAGCCAUUUGGAUGGCAUCUGAACUCUAGGAAGGAUAUGAAUUCAAAACCAAGCAAAACAUGAUGAUGUCCUGCUUGUAGAUCUAUCAAAUCUUGUAUUUCUUUAAGUUACCCUAAUGCUUCCUCUGAACUUACAUUCCUGGUUUUUAUUCUUUGUCCUUCUAAUCACACAUUUGGAAAGAGGGUGCCCCCUAGAGGACCUCUGAAGUACAUCUUUUCUGCUUUGAAGUAAGCAACCUUGGAAGGAACUGUCACUUUUGUGGGUGAAGUCUGCAGGAAGAUUUAUUUUCCAAAACGCUGUUACUACUUCCCAAUGAAACUGAGGAGCAAGACAGUCCUACUAAUUGUGUGAAAAGCAGAAAAGUCUAAGUCAAUGUUUCUCAACCAUGUCAGCUUAAGAUGUGUGGACUUCAGCUCCCAGAAUUCUGGGAGAUGAAGUCCAUGUAUCCCAAGAGUUAUCAGGGUUGAGAAACACUGCUCUAGAAAAGGCCAUGCAUUUGUGGCAAUUGAUUUCUUGCAGCUUAAAUUUCCAAUUGCUGCCAAGUUUGUGUUAGUGCACUUUUUCUGUUAUGAAAAACUUGUAUAGAUUGAAACCAUCAUUCCUUCAUUUCUGUUUGAUAUAGUUUUUAUUUAUUUUUAAUUUUUAAAAACCACUGAAUCCUUUUAUGCAUGCAAACUGCUGGAAAAAUUGAAACAGGUUAUGUUUUCUCCCUCCCAUCCACGCCUGGUGCCUGACCUAUUCUGAGAAAAUGUUAACAUCUGAAAUUUAUCAGAGGACUCUCAUCUGGUUAAUUUCAUAACCCCAUAAUUUUAGAAUCUUCAUAGAAAGUUAGAUUACUGUAUGUUCUACUUUACAAUUUACAUAUAGCUUCCCCAAGUAGUGUGUGCCCCCCACCCCCAAACUCUCCUUAUCCAGUUGUAUGGUUCAGCUGUUACUGGGCAAGAAGUUCAUGGCUGCAAGACAGGCAGCUAAAUAAUUUUAUACACAAAUGUAAUCAUAAUGUUAAUAAUAGAUUGCUUUAGGCAAUCAUUUUCUUAUUUGAGAAUAAGCACCAUUUGGUUUUAGACAAUAAAUUACAUUUUAAAGUAAAAAUUACAACACAAGUGUCUUAACUGUACAACUGCUUACCAUGUAUAAUAAAUUUGAAAUAUUAUAAUAAACUAUAGUCAAUAAUGA